UAUAUAUAUAUAUAUAUAUAUGUAUAUGUGAGGGACAGAGGGUCAUGUGUGCGCUCGUUUUACCUCCGGGAGCCUCCCACAAACACAACUGAAGGAUUUUUUUGUGUCGCUGAAGCUUCAGAGGAGUCUCACUGCACACUAACACCCGAGAUCUGAUGCUUCCCGCCGUCGCCAUGGAAACGGAGGCAAGUCACAUGCUGGAGGCGGCGCUGGAGCAGAUGGAUGACAUCAUCGCAGGUUCCAAAGUGGCAGCGAUGGAGUUUUCCAGCAGCAUGUACGAGCUGGGUUCUCCCAUCAGCGCCGGUCCGCUGCAGGUCGUCCAGUUGGCCGAGGACCUCAAACUGGCCCUGGAGCUUCAACCCAACCAGGAGGACAGAGAGGGCCUCAGAGCACAGCUGCCUGCAGGGACAGCCCAGGCUCUCAUCGACUGGCUGCAGAGUGGAACUGUGAACCUGUGUUCUCCAGCCAACAAUGAAACCUACCAAGAACGACUGCUUCGCCUAGAGGGGGACAAGGAGUCUCUGGUGCUGCAGGUGAGCGUGCUGACCGACCAGGUGGAGGCCCAGGGAGAGAAGAUCAGGGACCUGGAAAGUUCUUUGGAGGAGCACCGGCAGAAACUGGCCUCCACAGAGGAGAUGCUGCAGCAGGAGCUGAUGAGCAGGACCUCUCUGGAGACUCAGAAGCUGGACCUGAUGGACGAGGUGUCCUACCUCAAACUGAAGCUGGUCGGCAUGGAGGAGACGCACACCAACGCACAACAGCAGGAGCCCGUAGAAACGAAGCAGAACAAAGCCGAGUGUGUGGUAAAUCUCAUCAGCGAGCUCCAGGAGCAGAUGUGCAGGUUUCAGGAGGAGAUCAGCACUCGCAUCCAAGAGAAACGGGCCCUGGAGGAGAGGGAGGCCCAGCAGGGGGAGUCCGGAGGCGGCCAGGCCCCGGGCCACAGCCCUCCGCUGGGGGUGGCCGGCUCAGACCUCAGCCUGUCUGGCUCCGAUGCACGGAAACACAAUGGAGGACAGACCGUGCACGAUUUGCUGCAGGAAGUUAGGCAGCUGAAGAGCAAAGUGGAUGAGCUGGAGGGAGAGAAGAGCCAGUAUGAGAGGAAACUAAGAGCCACCAAGUCGCUCAUGACCCAGCUGUCCAGCCUCAAGCUGACUGUGGAGCACACACAGCUGGAGAAGCAGCACUGGGAGGAGCGCUGGCGCAGCGCACAGACGGAAAUCUCAGAGCUGCAGCAGCUCCUGGCUUCCAAGGACGCAGAGAUCGAGUGCCUGCAGACUCAGCUGCUGGCCAGAGGCGGCACGGCCAACGACAACGCAGAGAGAGAGGAGGUGUAUAUCAAGCAGCUCAUUAACAAAUACCAGGAAUACCAGAGGUUGAAGGUGGGUAUGGAGUCGCUGUUGGCUUCAAACGAUGAAAAGGAUCGUCGUAUAGAGGAGCUGACCAUCCUCCUUGGCCAGUAUAGAAAGAUGAGGGAGGUCAUGGCACUCACGCAGGGUAAGAAAAACCUCCUCACCAUAAACUACACUAUAAACUACGUCUCUUCUCUCACCACUGGUUUCUGUUUGUAUCUAACAGGGAGUAGUGAGGAGGAGCUGAGUGGCAGCUUAAAGCUCAGAGCCAUCACACAGAAAGCCCACUCUGACAUCCUGAGAUCAGAGAUGUCAUCCAGAGGAUCUUCUCCACUGAUGCUCUCCUCAUCUCCUUACCAGAGAGAACUGGACUCUUGUUUCCAUACCUCUAUGGACGCAUCGUUGCUGUCCGCUGCUGAUACAAGUUUCCUUAAUGGAUCGUGGCAUCGGCAGAGGUUGAUGUCCAGUAGUCUGGAGGAGCUGCAGAGUGGAUCAUUACAGAAGGCUGUAGAGUUCCAGCCAGUUGAAAGUGAAUCAGACGUAGGGGCAGAGAAUGACCUCAUGGAAAUGAACAAGUACAAGACUCUGCCGGGGAAACUGAGGAAGAAGAGCGAGCAGAGGGCCGAGAUGAAUGGAGACGUGGAUGGAGAGUAUUUGUCUCCAGUCCGGCUCUCUCCAGUCCACAACCACGACCAGGACUACACCCUGAUCCGCUGCAGGAGUGCCAGCGCUCCGGCUUUAGGAUCUCCUGGAAAACACGACCUCUAUGACGUCGGACAUUCAGAGAAGCAGGAUGAGUGCGUCCUAUCAGACCAGUCGCCUCUGUCCUCUGGAGUGGACUCUGGACAACAGUCUCCCGUCUCGCCAGAGAACAGGAAGACUCACAGAGGCAUUAAGAAACUCUGGGGGAAAAUCCGUCGCAGUCAGUCGGGCAGUCCUGUCCAGGUUCAUGACUCAGACCUGGGGGAGUUCAAGAGAGGAGGCUACAGAGCUACAGCCGGACCACGACUGUCCCGCUCAGGGAAAACACGAGAUCUCAAGAUGCCAUUUUCCAAGUGGAGCACGGAGCAGGUUUGUGACUGGCUUGAGGACAUCGGACUCGGCCAGUACGGCAUCCUCGCCCGUCAAUGGGUCUCCAGCGGUCAGACGCUGCUGUCCGCCACCCCGCAAGACCUAGAGAAGGAGCUGGCGAUGAAGAACCCGCUCCACAGGAAGAAGCUGCAGCUUUCCAUCAAGACGUUCAGCAGCAAACAGCCUGAGAAAUCUGCAGAUCUCGAUUACGUCUGGGUCACUCGCUGGCUCGACGACAUCGGCCUUCCUCAGUACAAAGACCAGUUUAAUGACGGAAGAGUGGACGGACAGAUGCUGCAGUACCUCACUGUUAAUGACUUGUUAUUCCUCAAAGUGACCAGCCAGCUGCACCACCUCAGCAUCAAGUGCGCCAUUCAUGUUCUCCACGUCAACAAGUUCAACCCUAACUGCCUCAAGCGAAGGCCCGGCAAUGAGAGCCAGUUCACUCCCAACGAGGUGGUCCAGUGGUCAAACCACCGAGUCAUGGAGUGGCUGAGAUCUGUGGACCUGGCAGAGUACGCACCGAACCUGAGGGGCAGCGGCGUCCACGGAGGCCUCAUAAUGCUGGAGCCUCGGUUCAACUCCGACUCGAUGGCCAUGCUGCUCAACAUUCCUCCCCAGAAAACGCUGCUGAGGCGCCAUUUAAACACCAACUUCAACAACCUGGUGGGAGCUCAGGCUCAGCAGGAGAAGAGGGAGUACACAGAGGCGCCGGGAUACACUCCGCUCAGCAUCACAGCUAAAGUCAAGCCGAAGAAGUUGGGCUUCUCUAACUUGACUCACCUCAGGAGGAGACGGCCGGACGACUCCACUGACUACGUCUGCCCCAUCGAGUCGUCCUCGUCUCAGUCGGGACAGUCUGCGGCGAACGGGGUGCAUGUGCGUCCCUACGCUGGCUUCAGAGGCCUGAGCCCCAUCCUGGACCGAGAGCCCGACCGCUCCAGGGACCAGAUGGCGACCACGGAGGGAACCAUUUUGCAGAUAGAAGCUCUGUCUGAAAGCAUCAACAACCUCACAUACCUGCUCAGCCGAGACGAGCUGCGGAAGGAGAUGAGGAGGUCUCAGACGGCGCUAGUCUGAAGAACGACGACCCGGCGUUGUUUGCUCACUAAUGCUGUGAAUUAAGCACAGAGACCUGUAGCAACCUGCCUACCAUCUGAACUGUACCUCCAGGCCCUGGCCUAACACUGCAGUGUGGAACUGGUCACUUCCACUAGCCACUGAUACCUCAUGUAACACCGCAGGAGUAGUGGCAGCAACACUUUAAAUACAGAGGACUUGGGAGCACAAAUGGUUGAGAACAAUCAAGGGUCAUCUCUCAGGGCUACAGUUCUUAUAAGCCUUUAUAUAUUCCCCUAUGCAAUGUACCCUUUAAUGAUCACUGCAUAUUUACUGUGCUAGUAGAUCAACAGGGAGAACAGGGUCAGAUGAAAUGCCUCCUGGUUAACAACAACAAUAUGCAAAGUAGUGCACAUGAGUACUGGAGAUGGAAGAAAAUUCAUAAAGACCUCAAGCACACUGCAAAUAUUAGUUGGUUCAGCCACUUUUCUUAAGGUGAGAAUAGCAAAAAAGAAACAGGAUGAAAUGCUGAUUUGACAACUCACAAGAAAGGAAACACCUAAAGUAUGUUGGAAAAAAAACAACUGUUGGAGACAUAAUGUGAAAUGAGAACAUGGGACAUAAUCUAAACUUAAAGCUAACCACUGGGAGUUUGUUUCAAUAACAAAACAACAAAUUGAUUACAACUGAUAACAAGAAGAUUGUGAGAAUAGUAUACAGGGAAACAUGCCUGGGAAUCAAGACAAUAAUUAAUAAGGUCACAAGCCAUUGAAUAAAGAAUAUAACAAGGAUGGAGUUGAAGAUAAUGCAAGACGGAAACAGAUAAGUGGGUGGCAACAAAUGACAAGAAAACAUGCAUUAACAGUCUUGCUAGGAAGGUAGAAGCAGCAGCUUUAAAAUGACCAAAGUAAUCUCUAGAAAACACCAAACUGCACACAAGUAGACCUAGAUACCAAAACAGUUCCAGCAUUAAGCAAUUAUUCAUUAAACCCAUGGAGUUUCUACCCAGAACCAAGUUCUGGGUUCAAGUUCUACACAGUUCACAAUUGUCUGGAAGAGAAAUAAACUACACCACUGGCAUAACAAUCCCUAAGGAGGGAGCUUGCAGCUUGCAGCUAUGCAACACACUUGCCAAUGCUUGGCGAUAUUCAGACGACUUUUGAAACAGACGAAACACAGGUUAGAAAGGAUUUGAACAUACCAGUAUCCACAGACUCAGACCGUGGCGAGUGCACCAAUUAACAACAGAAACAACUUUGAUCAUCAAGAACUUUUAUAACAACUUCCAAUAUAAAGUAGGGAUCGAAGCGGAGGUUAUGAACUUCAAUAUCAAGAAGUCAGUGCCAAUCAAGGAGGAUGAAGACCUUUCAGUUUCACAUAAUUGGGACUAGGUGUGGUCAGAUGGGAUGGUGGGGCUUCCAGCAACAUCCAGAGUAGUUUAAACACAGCAUUGAUUAUCUUCUGCACCAUGAACAGUGUCAACCUAGGCUUUCACAAAAUUCGCGAUUCAAAAAUCAGAAGAAAUCAAGGAAUCUUCUGUCCAAGGACCAUCCAUAAAGUAGAACUGUUAACCAGGUAAGGAAAAGAGAACAUGGGCACCUUCUGAUGUAGUGAUGUUGAAGGAGUAUAGUAUAUGACAGUUGGAGGGUUACACACAGGAUUCUAGACAUUCACACCAAAUACCUAGUAGAAUACAGAUAAUCUUCUGCCCAAGGACCAUCUGUAAAGGACAGUCGCUAACCAGAUAUGGAAAAGAGAACAUGAACGCCAUUCUGAUGGAAAUGGCAGAGAUGUUGAAGGAGUAACGGCCUUUAUGAUCAUGAAGACUCAGCUCUGGUGGCUCAGGAUCAAGGACCAAGAAAGCAAUUUUUGUUGGUGCAUAAAACGCAAGAAGAAUGUUGAUCAGUUAGAUGAUGAAGAUGAAACAAAAUAAAUAAAUCUAUUAGAGUCUGGCUGCCAUUAUAGCUGGACUUAAACAGUAAAUGGUGCAGACACAGACUGUAUACUGUGCAAACAUUUAAGCAAAAUUGUUCAUUUGACCCCCUUCUCCCCAAUGCAGCACUGUUUUAUGGUAUGUGUUAGUUUGUAAUAUGAUGAUCCUAUAAUUUUAAGGAUGAAGAAAAAUGUCAAAAUCUAAUUUUAUGAGGACUAUAUUACAUAUACAACUACACCAAUGACAGCAGACCAGUACAGUAGGAUGGUUGAUAUUUUGUGGACAAAAUAAUAAAAAAAAAGUUUGGUGAACUGGUUUCUCAGACAUCCUGUUUAGGGAUUUGAAAAGAACCUCAAGCUAUUGAAGAACAGAACAUACAACAAACUGUAGUGUACAAGCAUGUAAUGCCACAGCUACACAGUAAACACACAGCUAUACAGCUUCUCACAAAAAAAGACCUAAUCUUGACAAGAAAUGUCACCCCUAACCUAGAUGUUCCUCCUAACCAUCCAAUUUACCAUUCCCCACCUUUUCAUGCAUUAAAGCAAAUUUAUAAUAUUACCAGAAGCUGCUGACCCAACCUACAUGUCCUCACUGGCCCCUCUUUCUGAAGGCAGUUAAGCUUUUUGUUUACCCAUUAAACCCUUCAGGCUUUCCUCACUGCUCACGCUGCUUCUUAUUAUUGACUGGUAAGUUGAGUCUUUUGUUGACUUACCUAAAGUUUGACAGGUUACAAGCACCACACCCAUGCUAUCGUCAGAAACUCCCCUUCUAUAGAAAAUCCUCUUUAUUCUCCUGAAAGUCUUGUCCACAACAGGACACCCGAGACUGACCUUCACAUAAAGACACAUUUAGGUACUUUGUAUCUCAUCAGGGCAGGGGAACAACGCAGAGGGCAGGUAGUGGACUGGGAACUGCAGAAAAUUCCAGACCCAUCC